CGAGGGAGGGGGAGUGACAACUACAUCCGGGUCAUGCAGAAGAGGUUGCCGCGGUAGCCAUAUUGCUGAAUGAAAUUAUCUUAGCUCCAAAACAUUAACAGCCGUUUGUCAAUAUCAGUAUUUUAUAUUGCAAACAGUAGAAGCCGUUACAGUAUGUUGCUUUUUAAUAUGACUUAGGAUUCAAGGAACCCACACGGAGAUCUAAGUCCUUAUUAUUGUGUUGAGGCAUAGGAACGGCGUCACGCAAUGCACCAUGGAAGUGGAUCACAGAAUAUGCAACGACAGCUUCAAAAAUCCAAGUCUGUCAGUGGGUCAGAGGCGGAGGAGCAGCAACAGCCAUCCUUGGCAGCUACACAGCAGCAGACAACAGUUGCCCACCCUCAAUCCCCUGUGACCACCUUUUCCUCGGCUGCCAGCCCUUCAGCCCCCCAGUCACCUAAUUAUCAGAUAAUCAUGAGUCGGAGCCCUGUCACAGGACAGAAUGUAAACAUCACAUUACAAAAUGUGGGGCAGAUGGUGACUGCUAACCAGCAGAUUACUCUCACCCCUCUCCCUAUCCAGAAUCCAGCAUCACCUGGUUUUCAGCAUACAGCACCUCAGUGGAGGUUUGAGCAUGGUCCGUCCUCUUAUAUUCAGGUGACAUCACCUGUACCCCAGCCCAUUCAACCACAAAGUCCCACUCAGCAUAGUCCCAUUCCGAUACAAGGUGUAACCAGACCAGGUGCUCCCUCAGGUGCAUUGGGCGUCUGUGGACAAAGUCCAACGCGGUUUGUUGAAGCUGGCAUGUUAGUGCGACAAAUCAAUUUAGGCAGUCCAUCAGGAGGAGGACAUUUUGUCUAUCAGGAAGGGACAGGGUUGGCCCAGAUUGCACCGGCCACAUCUGGCCAAGUACAACUGACUUCUCCUGGAACACCAGGCUCUGUGAGGGAACGUAGGCUUUCUCAGCCUCAUUCUCAGACCGGGGGCACCAUUCACCACCUUGGACCUCAAAGCCCCGUUGCCACUGGUACUAACCUUUCUGCUCUGGGCAACCCUGGCCACAUCACCACUUCAAACCUACCUCCACAAAUCAGCAGUAUCAUUCAAGGACAGUUGGCACGCCCAAUGAUAUUUGAGAAGACUGCACAAGGUGUAGUUGCAGGAGUAGGAAGCACAGCUACAGCAUCAUUCAGCAUACCCUCCUCCAUUCCACCCACCAGCCCAUCCCUCUCCAGUCCACCCCAAGGAGUCCCAAGCAAUCCUCUUACAUCCACCACCAUGACUGUAGGCACAGUGAAAAAACAAGCUGCCAAAAAGUUAGAGGAACUGGCGCCGUCUACUCCAGAGAUUGCCCAGCUGAGAAAACAGUGCUUGGACCACCACACCAAGAAGAUGGAGAGUCUAAAAGAAGUGUUCAAAGAAUACCUGAUUGAACUUUUCUUUUUGCAACACCUUCAAGGAAACAUGAUGGACUAUUUAACUUUCAAGAAGAAGCCUUGUGUUCCUUUGUAUACUUACUUAAGACAGAGUGAUUUGGAUCUUGAGGACGAUGAUGAAGAAGAGGAACAGUCAGAGGUCAUUAACGAUGAGGUAAAAGUUGUUACUGGAAAAGAUGGCCAAGCAGUGACACCUGUUGCCAUAGCAACACAGCUUCCCCCCAAUGUUUCUGCUGCUUUCUCUACUCAGCAGCAGUUUCAGGGACACCAAGGGACUGCUUCUGGCUCCAUUACAAACCCUGGAGACAUGGAUGCUUUUAAGAGACAACAGAGUGCAGUUCAAACAGAUCAGGCUAAGAGGCCCCGGAUUGACGUUGGUCGCCAUGGGCUGAUUUUCCAGCAUCCUGGUGUAGCUCCUUUAGGAUCACCUGGCGUGCCACUCCAGCAGCUUAUGCCGACUGCGCAAGGCGGGAUGCCGCCUACUCCUCAAGCGGUCCAGAUUGCAGGACAGAAACAGAACCAGCAACAGUACGACCCAUCUAAAGGGCCUCCUGUACAGAAUGCUGCAAGCCUUCACACUCCUCCUCCUCAGCUACCUGGCAGGUUGUCUCAAGGUACCCUCCCACUGGCUGGCCUGUCCAUGACACUUUCUCAGCAGGCUCAGUUGGUGGAGAACUCUGCUCCGCCAAGUGGCCAGCUUCAGGCACAGGUGAAGGUGCAGGCUGGAGGGCCUGUCUUGGCCACAGUUAACCCUCACACACAACUCCAGGCCCAGCUGCAACAGCAGAUGCAACCGGGUAUUCAGCUUCAGUUGCAACAACAGUCAACACAAGCCAUUCUGCAGUCAGGACAAGCGACUGUGGCUCUUGCUCGCCCUGUGGUGGACCCAAACCAGACAGUCCAGAGAGUUGUGACCAAUACUGUAGCGACAACAUCCGUGUCUUCUGCUCCUCUGUGUACUCCAAGCUCUGCUCCAGCUUCCCACUCUGCCACUUCUCUUCGUACUCUGAGCUCUAACAUCAGCCCAAGCACCCAGUCUAAAGUGACUGGAACCAAUGGAAUAUCCACAGUUAAAAUAGGUGGCUUUGCUCAAAGCAACAUGCAGUCCUCACAGGAAGGCAGUCAAGAUAAACAAAUUGAGCAAGCCAAGUUGGAAAGUCAAGUGCAUCAGCGCAUAUCCGAGUUGAGGAAGGAGGGCCAGUGGUCUGCUAGUAGACUUCCCAAGCUUGUGGAGGCCUCAAGACCAAAGUCUCAGUGGGAUUAUCUGCUGGAGGAAAUGCAGUGGAUGGCCGCUGACUUUGCACAAGAGAGACGAUGGAAGGAGGCUGCUGCAAAAAAGCUUGUUCGUACAUGUGCCCGCUACCAUCAAGAGCGAGAAAAAAGCGAAGAAAGAUUACUGAAAGAAAGGGAAACUCAUCUUCGUCAUAUUGCCAGCACAGUGGCUCGAGAGGUGGAGUUCUUUUGGUCGAACAUUGACCAGGUUGUAGAAAUCAAACUCCAGUUUGAAAUCUAUGAGAAGAAGCUGAAAGCACUCAGCCUACAAAAAGCCAUGGUGUCCAGUCAGUCCGUAGAAGAAAUGGCCAGUAAAGAGGAAGGGGUCACUCCUGCAAAAAAAUUAAAAUCCAGUUUCAGCUUUGUUGAUGAAGAUGUCACAGAUGAAGAAAGCACCAUUGAGGAGCAGGAGGGUGUAGAAGAGGACGCUGACCACAAAACAGAAUUACUUGACCUUGCCAAAGACGCUGAGAUGCCUUUGGAUUCUCUGAUGAAACAGUACGCUGGUGCCUAUGCAGACGGCUUUGAAUGGCCUCAGCCUGGUCUGAACAGUGAUGAAGAUGACAUGGAAGAGACUCAAGAAAUGGAAUGUACGUCAGCCAGCCCACAUGAGGCUGUUUUGAUCGACUCCCUCCUUAGUGUAGACCAGUAUCAUGGCUCUGACAAGUCUGCGUCCUCUGACUCUGGGAAGCCCGGCAGAGACAUCGCUGAAGUGGCUGCUUCCACAGAACUUAUCUUGCCUAAGGGGAGCUUCAGAACAACUUCAUCAAACCGUAGUUCUGCACCAUUUUUAUUGCAUGGAAUGCUGCGGGAUUAUCAACAAGUUGGGGUGGAUUGGCUGGUGAACCUUUACAAGAAACACCUCAAUGGCAUUUUAGCUGAUGAAACAGGACUUGGGAAGACUGUACAAACAGUAGCUUACAUGGCCCAUUUAGCAGGUCAAGAAGGUAUUUGGGGGCCUCAUCUUGUUGUUGUGAGAACAUGCAAGUUGCUUAGUUGGGAGUUGGAGUUCAAGCGCUGGUGUCCUGGCCUCAAGAUUCUCCUCUACCUUGGAAAUGGAAAGGAGCGCAGAUCUAAGAGAAUGUGGUGGGAUGAGCCCAAUGGCUUCCAUGUAUGUCUGACAUCUUACAAGCUUUUCAUGAAAGACCAGAGUCACUUUCUGAGGAAAAAAUGGAGGCAUCUGGUUCUGGAUGAGGUGCAGCUCAUCAAAAACACAGCAGAGAAACACUGGGAAGUGAUCCUUGCCCUCAGAAGUGAGCAGAGGAUCCUUCUCAUCAACAAUCCUCUACAGAACACUCUCAAAGAGUUGUGGACCAUGAUCCACUUCCUGUUGCCAGGAAUCACCAGGCCGUACUCCGACUUUCCUGUUAAGGCAGGGACAGACCAAAACCAAGAUUACUGCCACAAACUGGUCAUCCGCUUACACAGGGUAAUCCAACCAUUCAUCCUGAGACGCUCUAAAAGGGAUGUGGAGAAACAACUUCCAAAAAAGUAUGAACACAUCCUGAAAUGUCGUCUGUCCAACAGACAGAAGAGCCUCUAUGAGGACAUCCUCACUCAACCAGGGGCUCAGGAAGCACUGAAGACCGGUCAUUUUGUCAGCGUCCUUCAGGUUCUGAUGCAGUUACAGCGAGUCUGUAAUCACCCAGAGCUGGUGGCUCCCAGAGAAACAAGCAGCUCCUAUUCCUGUUCUUCUCUGGAAUAUAAUGUUCCAUCACUGGUGCUGGAUGCUAUUGAGAAAGACCCAAGCAAGACUGCAAAUUUCCCCAUUUUUGACUUGAUCAAUAAUGAGAACAGACUGACGCGCUAUCAGACUGAAGAGGCCGUGCCCAAUCUGAAAAUCACACAGCAGCUCAUAGAAGAGAUCUACACUGGUCCUGAGCCAGCACCAAGACCAAGGCCGUGUCCACUGAAACCCAUGAAGUUGUUCCAGCCAGUUCAGUAUGGCACAAAGCCAGAAGGUCGUUUAACUGCUUUUACAAAUGCAGUCCAACGUCCUCCAACAAGCUCGCCCACUACCAGCACUUCUCCUUCAACUACCAGCCAGGUGGGCCAGACAAGGGGAAAGUCUCCUGUCACAACUGGAGCAGCCACAAACGUCUCACACGGUGGAGAUGUGAAGAUUGCCCAGCUGACCAACAUAGCAGGCACUCAGAACCGCAUCUCCCAGCCAGAGACCCCCGUCACUCUGCAAUUUCAGGGAAACAAGUUCACUCUGUCCCCCAGUCAGCUCCGCCAGCUCACAACCGGACAGCCUUUACAACUCCAAGGUGCACUCGGCAACAUCCUGCAGAUUGUGUCAGCUCCAGGGCAGCCGAUAAUCAGGCCACAAGGAUCCAUGGUGAUGCAAGCAAUGCCUCAAGCUGGUACUGCUUCAAAUGCCACAGUUCCAGCCAGCACACCUCAUCCAGGCCUGUCGACAUCUCAACAAGGCUCAAGUGUGACUGCAAAUGCUACAUCAGCCUCCAGCAAGGUGACGAAUGCUGCUCAUGGGGUUUCUCUGGAGCCCACAGAAGAGAAGUCUCGGCUGCUGAAGGAACGUUUAAGGAGCUUGUUUGAAGCCAAUGAGCGGCGCUGCAGUCGCAGAGUUUUAUAUGGAUCAGAUCUGGUUCAGGCCUGCACCCUCAUCUCUGAACCUGCUCACACUGCUCUAACUGCAGGAGGGUGGAGGUGGGUGGGCAGGGAGAGCUGUGUGAGGGCUCAGAGAACCUGUGUGGGUACCACCUCUGCCCUGCAGAGCGACCUGCUCUCUGUGGAGGAGCGCCUGGGGGCUUCAAGCAGUCUUAUCCAAAGACUUUCGUGUGUGGUUCCCCCAGCUGUUGCCUCACCUCCCCACCUGUAUGCAGCCAAUCCUUCAAUUCCUUUUAGGCUGGAGCAAAAGUCCAAUCGCCGUCAACUGCAGGAGUCCGCUGCUCCCUAUAGUGAAAGCAUCCACCGACUAGCAUCUAAACCUCUUAUCAGUUGUCCAGACUUGCAGUUGAUGCAGAUGGAUUCAGGUAAACUGGAAGCUCUUGCUAUUCUGCUGCAGAAGCUCAGGUCAGAGAGCCGCCGAGUGCUCAUCUUUACUCAGAUGUUGAAGAUGCUGGACAUCCUGGAGGCCUUUUUAGAUUACAGGCAGCUCACUUACGUUCGCAUCGAUGAAAGCCUCACUUUGGACGAAAGACAGGAAAACAUGAAGAAGUUUAACAGGAAAAGGCAGCUUUUCUGCAGCAUCCUGACCAACCGCUGCUGCACUGCAGUUGGGACCAUGGUUGAUGCAGACACUUUCAUUUUCUACGACACAGACCUCAAUCCGAGCAUGGAUGCUCUCACACAAGAGUGGUGUGACAAAAUAGGACGUUCUAAGGACAUACACAUAUACAGGUUGGAGAGUGGGAACUCCAUUGAAGAGAAACUGUUGAAGAACGGCACUAAGGAUCUUAUCAGGGAGGUGGCCGCUCAGGGUACUGACUACACAUUGGCUUUCCUGACACAACGGACAAUCCAGGAUCUGUUUGAAGUGGAGGCAGGUUCAGGAGUAAAGGUCCAGGAGUUUGUGGUUCUGCACCAGGAACCAUCAGCCUCUGAAGCCAUUUCUCCCAAAGUGGCAAGGCCCUACAUCCAGGCUCUGCAGAGCAUAAACCUGGAUGCCCCAGAAGAGAAGGAACAUCAGCAGGAGGGAGAGUCAGCAAACAAAGAGGCAGAGGAGUUGGAGCACCAACACAGAGAUGAUGCUGUCCAGAUAGAGGAGCUGAAUGCAGUCAUGGAACAGCUAACUCCCAUUGAAAGAUACGCCGUGCAUUAUCUGGAGUAUCUCCACAUCAGUGAUGAUGAAGUUGCACUUAAGAAGCAGCUGAAAUCUGCCAAAAGAGCCUGGGAGCUGCAGCAGCUUCAAAAGCUGACGGAGGAGAAGGAGGAGCAGAAGAUGACGGAGGGAGAAGAAGAUCUGUUCACUUACACCAGAGAGGAUGCGUACAACAUGGAGUAUGUGUUUGAGGCGGAGGAUGGUCAUACAGAAAUUAUGCCGCUUUGGACUCCACCCACACCACCACAGGAUGACAACGACAUUUACAUCGACUCAGUAAUGAUGCUGAUGUACGACACUACACCAAUGCCAGAGUCCAAGCUGCCUCCCAUCUAUAUCCGCAAGGAACACAAGCGGCUCAAGAUGGAUCCCUCUGCAGCUGCUAGAAAGAAAAAGAAGGGCCAUGGGGAAACGGUCAUCCCUCCACGCUCCCUUUUCGAAAAAGCCAGCAUGCUUAAGGUUCGCCGUGAGGUAAAGGACCAGAAAAAGAACUUCUCCCUCAAGCAGCAGGCGCCAUUCGCCAAGCCGCUGCCCUCGCUGGUUAAGCCUGCCAUGGAGGCCGGUCAGGACAACCCAGAGUGGCUCAUCAGUGAAGACUGGGCUCUCCUUCAGGCUGUCAAACAGCUGCUGGAAUUGCCGCUGAACCUGACUAUUGUGUCUCCUGCCCACACGCCUAAUUGGGAUCUGGUGAGCGACGUGGUGAACUCCUGCAGUCGCAUAUACCGCUCCCCUAAACAAUGUCGCAACCGCUAUGAGAAUGUGAUCAUCCCCAGAGAAGAGGGCAAGUUGGUGUAUGAGGCCAACCCCAAGAAGAAAACCAAGAGCAUUUAUAAGUCUAAGAACAGCCGGCCUCUGAGGACCUGUCAGAUCUACACUCAGGAUGACAACACCUCCCAAAUUCAACUCUACAACAGCCGCUUUGAACUCAUGAAAAUAAUCGCCAGCAAGAGGAGUCCACCAAUAAAACCACUGCUCGGAAUGAAUCCAUUUCAGAAGAAUCCCAAACAUGCAUCAGUCCUUGCAGAAAGUGGAAUUAGCUACGAUAAGCCUCUGCCUCCCAUUCAGGUGGCAUCUCAACGUGCUGAGAGGAUCGCAAAGGAGAAAAAGCUCCAGGCCCUUGCGGAGCAGCAGAAGGCUCAGCAGUUGGCCCAGCAGCAGGCUGGAGCUCCUCAGGCCGGGGCAGCACCGGGUCAGACGCAGGCUCCCGCUGCCGGCCAGGUCCCACAGGCUUCUGCAGUGACCGGAGCUGCUGCUGUGCCUAAUGCAGCAGUACUGGCGGGAGCAAUAAAAAAUGCUGCUGUUGGUUCAACCAUUCAGGCUGCGACUGUAGGAGGGAACGUGAUUGUGAACACAGUAGCUGGAGUUCCUCCAAGUCCCUUCCAGGCCAACAAACGUCUGGCAUCCUCAGUCAUACCCGGAACUCUGUCUCCUUCAGGCACGGCUGGAGCUCAGGUGGUUCACGCGCAGCAGAGGGUCACAGCUGCAGCUGCACCCACUGAAGUGGUCACCAUAGCUACAGGUCAGGGGGUUCGCGCAGUAACUCCAGUGACGGCCUCUGCAGUAGUUUCAACAUCUUUGAGUCCAGUCCAGUCACAGACCCGCCCACUGGUCCCGCAGGUCGCUUCAGCCACGGGAAUGCAGCUGUCACAGAAGACUCUGACUCCGGCCCAAAUCCAGCUAUUACGACAACAGCACGCGCAACAGCAGCAACAGCAGCAGCAGGCUACUUCACCUCAGCUUAAGGCUGUAGGGAAACCUCAGGAGUUGAUAAAAAUGCAGAAGCAGAAGCUGCAGCAGCAGCAGGUUGCUGCGGCGGUUGCAGCAGCCCAGGGCCAGCAGGGUGCAGGAACCCAGCAGGCCGCUCAGGUGCAGCCCGCUCAGGCGACUCAAGCUAGUCCUCAGCUGGCUGCUGUGACAGCUCCUCGCCCUGGAACCGUUUUGGCUGGACCCCCUGUCAACACACUGCAGGUGGCCAGACUGACUCGAGUGCCUACUCAGGGGCAGAUCCAGGCCCAGGCAGCACAAACUGCUCAGGUGACGCUCACAAAGCCCCCGGUGGUGUCUGUGCCCGCUGUGGUGUCCUCAGCUGGAGUCACCACUCUGCCAGUUACUGUUGCAGGCAUCAGUGUGGCCAUCGGUCAGCCCCAGAAACCAGGUGCUCCUGUGCUGACACAGUCCUUUCCCCAAAUGCAAGUCCAGCAGCUGAUUCAGAUGAAGAAACAGCAGCAGGCAGCCGCAGCAGCCCAGCAGAAAGCAGGGCAGCCGCAGCAAGGACAGACCACCGUACAGCAGAAGAUUGGCACCCAGCAGGUGACGGUGCAGGCAGCACAGCCAGCCCAGCAGCAGAAGGUGACCUACGCUGCCACCACCCAACUCCAACCAGGAAUCAAACCACAGUUCUUCACCUCCAUAACCCAGGCCCAAAAACCCACCGGAGCCCAGCAGAUCCAGGUGGCAAAGCUUCCACAAAUAGUGCAGCAGCAGCCAGCUGUGGCUAAUAUUCAGCAGAUUGUGUCUUCUCCCCAGCAGAUCCAGGCUCAGCCUCAGACUGUGACUCUGACCCAGGCGGCCACAUCGGCUCCUGCUCAGGUGCAGAUGAUUCCUGCAGGAACGGCCACAGCCCAGGUGGUCCAGCAGAAGAUCAUCCCGCAGCAGGUAGUCACGGCGGCUGCCUCCCCGCAGAUCCAGACGCCUCCUCCGCACAGCCCCGCUCAGCAGCCGGCCGCACCCUCUGCUGCCGAGUCCCCGGUACAGCAGCCCGCUCAGCCACAACAGUCCAAGAGUCAGGCUCGCCAAGGAGGCGUCCGGGCCAAAACCCCCGCCAAGCCCAGUGGUGGGAGCAGUUAGGACUCUGUCAUCCGUGCACCAGUUGUAUCACUGCAGUACAGACUCAAAGGAUAAGGCUGCUACAGGUCCCUCAAAUAAAGUGCAGAUCAUUUUGUAAUCUUAUCCUCACCUCAGUUUUGCACCACCACCCACUAACAUCACUCCAGUGCUGAGGGUCGAUCCAGACAUAAAACCUGAUCUGGGCUGAUCCUCCAGUCUUUCUGGUGGGUGUAGAUCUGUCACAGUUCUGUCCUCGGUUUGAUCUGAUUCUUUCAGUUUCACAACUUUAGUUAUUGCUCAGUGUCUCAGACAGCACAGUGCAAUGAGGACAUUACAUCACCUGUCCCCGAGGCUGAGCAUUAUGGGUCAUUCUGUGUGGGGGAAUGAGCUCGUCAUUAGAAUCCUUGUACUCAUAAAUAGUCCCUUUUGUGUCAUUAUCAUGUCGUGUCUAGAAAAACUGAAUGGAGAAUGCACGUCGUUUUGGUCUUUUUUGUCAGUAAAUACACUGUAAACAUGUACUUCAGUAUUUUCUUUUUGUUUGUUUUAUUUUUUUCUCAUAAAUUCUUUUUUUAUUGAUGUCAAAGGAAACCUUGUAAAUAGCAACAAAAACAUUUGUACUUGUAAAGUAGUCGUGUUUUCAUUGGAUUUUUCAGCCUAAUUGUAAUAAAGUGUUUUGUUUUUAUACACAAACUCAUCUUUUCCUUUGAUUAAAAUGUUGUAAGUACUUUU